AUGAGUUCACCUUCUUCAAAUCGUCACCUUGAUCACUAUGAAAAUCCAUACUACCUUCAUAGCUCGGAUCAUGCCGGUCUCGUCCUUGUUUCCGAUCGCCUCAACACCGGUGCAGAGUUCCAUUCAUGGCGACGCUCGGUUCGUAUGGCUCUCAACGUCAGGAAUAAACUUGGAUUCAUCGAUGGUACGAUUCCUAAACCUCCUGAUAAUCAUCGAGACUCGGGAUCUUGGUCACGUUGCAAUGAUAUGGUAGCUACGUGGUUAAUGAACUCUGUAUCCAAGAAGAUAGGUCAAAGCUUAUUGUUUGUGUCCACCGCUGAAUCGAUCUGGAAGAAUAUUCUCUCUAGAUUCAAACAAGAUGAUGCUCCGCGCGUUUAUGAGAUUGAUCAGAAGUUGAGUUCGAUUCAGCAAGGCUCUGAUGAUGUAACCACUUACUAUACUGCGUUGGUUACUCUUUGGGAAGAGCACAAGAACUAUGUUGAAUUGCCUGUGUGUUCUUGUGGAAAGUGUGAGUGCAAUGCUGCUGAGCUAUGGGAACGUCUUCAGGAACGUAGCAGAGUUACCAAAUUCCUGAUGGGGCUGAAUGAAUCUUAUGAAUCAACACAUCGUCAUAUCCUGAUGCUAAAGCCAAUUCCACCUAUUGAGGAGGUGUUUAAUCUGGUGACACAGGAUGAACGUCAGAGAGCUAUCAAGCCGAGCUCUACUCCAACAAGUGUUGUUUUUCAAGCAUCUGGUCCAGAUGAGACUUUACUUUCUGCUCCUCCUGAUCAUUCAGCUUUUGCUGCAGCUCAUGCCAACUCAGGAUACCGUCCAAAGCAACGUCCUUUGUGUACCUAUUGUGGUCAACUUGGUCACAUUGUUGAUAAAUGCUUUCGUCUUCAUGGUUAUCCUCCUGGUCACAAGUUCAAUAAGUCAUCUAAUCCUGGACAAGGCACUCACGCUACUGCUGGUUAUGCUCCUCGGGGACAGAACAAUUACAACCAAAGGGGGAUGCAGCCGCAGAACAGCUACAAUCAACGAUCGAUGCAGCAGUAG